AUGAAACUUCACCCUGUGGGGGGCCACUAGGCCCUGAGUACAACAGCCCCCCUAUAGAUCCAGCUAACUUGAGGUCAACGGGCUGCCUGCCUUCAAGGCUGCUGAGGCCACUGCCCCCAUGUUGCGGUAAUGGAAACUUCUCAGCUGCUCUGGGAGCAACAGCUCGGGUUCCUGCCCUGUGUGGGGCUCUGAUCGGCAGCAGAUCGCAGGACAAGGCAGGUGGGCAAGCACACGCAGGACAAGCACAGUGCCACAGGAGCCCAGGACGAUGUUCCAGUAAAUGAGGUCUGCAGCUCGGGUCUCUCGCCGUGAUUCCCACCCACAGACACGCCAUCCAACCAGAGAGAAUGAGGGGGCCACGUGGGGCUCACAGCCUCCCAGGACUGAGACGGAUGGUGACAGGAAAUGCCCUCCAUCUAUCCUGAGACCCAGACGGCAAGGAUGUGGAUGCCAUGGGGCUGAGCCACAGAGAGCUUCAAGGCACGUGCGGUUCCGAGAGCCCCUGGAGGUGGCUGUCCACUACAUUGCCCGCAAGGACCUCACAGCUUCCACCAAGGGUGAGUUCUGAGGAGGAGCUCCUUCUUCCAACAGGUCCUCCACAGGGCAGAGCCAGACACAGCCUCAGCCACGGCCCCCACAGCCCCAAUCAUUCUAGACCCUGGGUCGGUCUCCCUGACUACUCUAGAAGUGCCCCCAUGCCCACAGGGCCACUCCCCAGGCCACUCACAUGUGGAUGGGCAACAGAAACCUUCCUUAGGCAGGUGAGGGAGGACAAGAGUUUGUGUCCCAUGGAUUCCAUGAGACUCACCCCAGGACCCCACCUGACCAUCACCCUGAUGGCCAACUACAAGUCAACAGCCAGACAGCUCCAGUCUCCCUCUACCACAGCCCCACCAGCAGAGGGUGCACCCUGCAGGGCCCCCCUGGGGAGCUGCCUGGACUAACCUGUCACCCUCCUACAGUCCCCAGCCGGCCAGCUUCCCAUGGUGGGCCUCUACUCCAGCCAGCACCCUGCAGUGGCUCCCUACUCCUGUGGCUGAUUCUGUGCGUUCUGCUUGGAGUGGUCCUGGGCCUGUACUGUGGCCAGGCCAAACACGUCACAGUAGCCCUGGAGGACCUCACCUUGCGCCUGUGGCGUGUGCUCCUUGCAUGUUGGCACUGCCUCCUGCAGCUCUGACACAUGGCUGAACGGCGAUUUUACCUCUGGACAGCGCUGGAGGGUGAUGCCGUUGGGAGCUCGGGGAGGUUUGGGGGAUUGUGCAUGGUGGGGGAGCCCAGUCACUAAGGCUAACCCCGGCACUCUGCUAGCCGAUGCCUGACAAACCCAGGAGCUUCAAGAGACUGCUGUAGAGGUUAAAGUGGGAAAGGGGGCUGCCUCUGGCUUGACGAUUCAGGCAUCUCCUACUCCAGUCAGCACAGGCUGGGAUCUUAUGACUUUAAGACUGUGUAAGAGAAAGAACUCAGCCACCAUAGCUGGGGGCUCCUGCCCGGUCCUCCCUCGGGAUCUCUGGCCUAGAUGUCACCACGCGUAGUUCUUUGAGGGUAGGCAUCACCUGCAUCUGAGGGGAAGUUUGGGAAAUGCAAGCCCCGACUUCCUGCUGCUUUGAGGGCAGGACCAGGCUUUUGUCACACGCCGUCAGGAGACAGAGUCUCAGGGGCCUCCCUGUAGGUAGCAGGGCCCUAUAUGCCCUGAGCCCAUUUCUGAUUUCUCCAACUUGCUGCCAGGAUCUGUCGGGGGUCGCUAUGGUGUGGGAGUAGAGUCCAGCUCUGAACCUAGCUGCUCUCAGAACAAAAGCAUGGCACCACGGUCCUACCUCCAGGGCCACAGACAAGCCCACAGGCCAUCGGGGACUGCCCAGCAGCUGCAGGACCUAUGAGUCUCCUGAACCUGUGUAGACAGUUCUGUCACUUAUGCUGCAAGUUCAAGGGAGGCAAGGAUAGCUAGCAACACACUUCAGGACCCAUAGACCUGCCUGGAG